UUUAACCCUUUGGGGAUAUAGAAUGAAUUAUAAUUAAGGACUUUGCAAAACACAAUAACCACAAAUCCCACUUUCGAACUAUGUAUACUUUCCGUUUGUAGUAAGUCAUGAUGCCCGAAUUAAAAAUGGCGCAUAAAUAAUUUCCGGUUAAUCUACAGGGAAACCAGAGUUUAUGUGUGAACUAACUGUAUUGUAUUGCUGAUAUGGCUGGUUAUAUGGGGUUAUACGAGGAGCCUGCUGAUAUUGCGCAACAGCAGGAAAGGCAUUAUUAUCUCCUUUCAGAGUUACAGAGCCUGGUUAAAGAUCUGCCCAGCUCCAGCCAGCAGCGUCUAUCUCACACCAUUCUGAGUGAUCUUGCGUUGGCCCUCAUUGAUGGUACAGUUUUUGAAAUAGUACAAGGAUUAUUGGAGAUCCAGCACCUAACGGAGAAAAACCUUUACAAUCAGCGGGUAAAGCUACAUGCAGAACACAGAGCUUUAAAACUGGAUCUUCUGCGCAAACAAACAGAUGCCCUGCAGUCCUGCAAACCUCAUAAUAUGUCUGUACUUAAAACCGCACAACAGAAAGAGAUGGGGUCUUUAGAACAACGAAUAAAAGAGGAGCAGCGAAUGAUGGAUGAAAAAAUUGUUCUUGAACUGGAUCAGAAAGUGAUUGAUCAGCAGAGCACCCUUGAGAAAGCAGGCGUGUCUGGUUUCUACAUCACAACAAAUCCCCAGGAACUUACAUUACAGAUGAAUCUAUUGGAAUUGAUCAGAAAACUGCAACAAAAAGAAUCCCAGACCAACAAAGUGUACUCUUGACUCUGACCAUGUCUGUAAUGGUGUUUGUUUGUUAUUGGGUUGUUUUUUUUUUAUUAUUGUUUCAUAUUCUAAACCAGAUGAUAGUUAUUUAUUUUAGAUUUAAUCAUUUUGAAGAAAGCACUGUGAAUACAUUUUUGUUCAUUUUAUUUUCUACUAUAUGACAGUUUACAUUCUAUUAUUUAUUAAACUACAUUUUUGAACUA